AAUAAGUGAAAUAAAAUGAUAUACAGAAACGCCAUGGCAACCAAAUUUGUUUGGUCCUACAAAAUUCAUUCCAUUAGUUUCCAAUUGGCAUUCAGCGGAAUAAAUUUUAAUUGCAAAUAAGUAUUAGCAAUGACGCUAUACUUCGACACAAAAGUUGAAUUCCUUGAUUCCGAUGCAGUUAGCACCAUUGGAAAUUGGCACAUCAGCGAACCAUUAUUCGCUGUUGCUUCCUACAGUCAGGAACGCGGUGGAUCAAUAACAAUUUUCACAGAUUCGGUAAGUAUGUCCCCGCGGCAAUGGCUUAAAAUUGUAAUAUUUAUUUUGAUAUGUUUUGAACAGGGUGAGCCACAACGGGAUGUUACCUAUCCAGUGCAUCCUACUUCACAGGUCACUGCGCUUGCUUGGCAUCCGGAAAAGGUCUUAUUAGCGACAGGUUGGGAGAAUGGCGAUAUACAUGUUUGGUUUGCCGGUCAUCGUGAAUUCGCUAGCGUUCACGGUCCACAUAAGGCACCGAUUGUUUUGCUGGACUUUAGCGAACAGGGUGGUCGCAUGGUAACCGCCGAUGCAAAGGGUCUCCUUACUGGUUGGCGUUGCGAUGGUCAGUAUCAGUUUUUAACUAUGUUUUCUCAUGAUCUACGUGAUGUGUUGCUGCAUAUAACAUUUCGACGCACCAUCGAGAGUGAGGUGCGUGAGGAAAUGGCAAACUUGGCAAAGGCGGCUGUGGCAGGCGAUGACGCGGCACUGGAUACGCUCACCAAUUGGCGGCCACGAACAGCGGCAAGAAGUUUGACCCAUGCGGGUGUGAAAGAUAAUCACUGCUUUUAUGUGGGCACACAAAAUGGUGUAAUGUACUAUAUCAAUCAGGGUGGCACCUGCACGGAGGUGCUGAAGAAUAAUACUGUGCCCAUCAUGCAAAUGCUGUGGCAUCCAAAGAAAGAUGCGGUUAUUUGCUUAAUGAAGGAUAUGACUAUCGCUUUGUAUUUGGUGGAAUCGACUGGUAUACUCACCGAGUUGGAUCGGGUUAAGUUAAGUGGUAAUUUAUCUGGCAAGGAAGGAUCUAUUUCGUGGGCUGGCAAUAGUUUGGCGAUUAUAACAGGGGACCUGAGCGUUAGAGUUUGGGAUAUUGAAAAAAGUGAUAACUAUCUUUUAAAAAUGGACUUGCCUAGUACUGCAGUUUCUGUACUGGCUUCCUCGAGCAGUCUCGAAAUUAACUCAUCAAGCACAAGUUUUUACAAUAACGACAGCAGUGAUAAGUCCUCGACACUGAACAGCCGUAAAUUGCAGAAAUUGAUGCAGCCAACAAACGAAUUCUUCACUUGCCUCGCCUACAGUACGGACAACCAGACACUUUGCGCCGGCACCAAUCAAGGUAACCUUUACACUUGGAAGCGUCGUGCAGGCCAACACGAUAUGCCUGAAGAUUCGUGGCAAUUGACGAAUAUUUCAACCGUACGUGGCGCCGUUAAGCAAUGCAUUUGGGGAUUCAAUGAGUUGGCGAAGCCUUGUAUACUAAUCAAUUGUAUCUCGAAUGUUUAUGUGCUAAAGGAGCAACCACUCUUAUCUUUUCACACACGCGACUUAUGGGCAGCCCAACGCAAUGCAAAGUCAAUUUACCUGGAACAUAUCAUCGGCAAGCAUGCGCUUAUACAAGCAGAAUUCGCGAUCAUUGCCUUGGCGCUGAAUCAGCUAAAUUUGAUAAUUAGUAAUGGCCGUGUUAUAUCCGCAUAUAGCAUAGAGAAAGUGCAAAGGGUAGAUGAUUACAGAAUGGAUGCAUAUACAGAUGACAGCGCAACUGGCGACAGCAAUGAGAAAGAUCCAAAUCUUAACGUGAAGCUAAUACAAACCUUCAAUGCCGAAUGUUUGAGCCUGCACAUACAAAAUCAGAAUAUAUUUUGUUUAACUUCUAAUGAGGUAAUGAUAUACUCAAUUGGUGGAGUGGUGCUCAAUAAAAUUUUGGCGAACGACAACGAAGGAAAAAUCAUUGGCAUGGACCUCACUGGUGCCUAUUUGAGUGUUUUCACUAUGAAUGGCUUCAUUAAAGCCUAUGAUGUUUCUCGGCAUGACCCUAAGUUAAUUUUCCCUGGCAAAUCCGGUUACGAUUUAUUUGAUGAUUUUGGGGAAGUAAUUUUAGUGAAAUGUAACACUGCGGGAACUCAUUUAGCUGCAGUGAUCGCGAAUCGCAGUUUUGUACCAAAACCGAUCUUAUAUUGUUGGAACUUCGAACGCAAUCAUUUGAUGGAACACAGCCUCGUAAAUAAUGCAAACGAUAACAACAAUAAACCAUGCAUGCCCGUGAAUGUGUAUUGGGAUACAGACGAAUCACGCCUGCUUGCUAUUGAAGUCAAGUCAAUGCAACAACCACAUGAGUUAAGGCAGACAUCAAAGUCUGGGGGAAAUCAUACCGGCACUAAUAGUAUCGAAUCUGAAGUUUUGGUCUUGUUUUUCUCAGAUAAAUGUAAGUUGAAUGUUUUGGAAAAGCGCUCAUUGGGCUUAGGGGAGCAAUUGAUCAAUCUUUGUGUGCCGAAUGUGAUAACUUUGGAUACAAAUAUCGUUAAAGAACGGUCUCUUCAAGAUUUCGUCGAUCUCAAUAAAUGUGAUGAAAACAUACGAAAGAUGGUUUUAAAUUUUAGCCUUCACAUUGCAGAGGGUAACAUGGAUUUGGCCUAUCGUUGCAUACGUUCCAUACAAUCUCCAACAAUAUGGACAAAUUUAGCAAAAAUGUGUGUUCAAACUAAUCGCCUAGAUGUGGCUAAGGUCUGCAUGGGCCAUUUAGAAAAGGCACGAUCAGUACGUGCGCUCCGUCAAGCUAUGGAGGACGAUGAUCUUGAAGAAGAGGCGAAGCUUGCCGUGCUCGCUACAGAACUGGGUAUGCAUGACAAAGCAAUUGAACUGUACAAAAAAUGUGGCAGAUAUGAUUUAUUGAACAAAUUGCUACAGGCACGUGGAAAAAUUGACGAGGCAAUACAAAUCGCAGAGACGGAAGAUCGUGUUCAUUUAAAGAACACAUAUUUUUACAAAGCUCUGCAGCUUAAAGAAAGUGGGGAUAUCAAGGGAGCUUUGGAGUAUUUUGAAAAGUCUCAAAAUCCAGUGCAGAAUAUAACACAAAUGCUUCUGGAUAAUCCACUGGCAAUGAAGCGUUACAUGCAAAAUUCUACCGAUCCAAAAAUGCUUAAAUGGUGGGGACAAUAUAUUGAAAGUUCUGGUGACAUGGAUGCCGCGCUGGCAGUAUAUCAGAAAGCCGAAGAUUGGUUUUCACAAGUGAAAAUACUUUGUUACUUAGGGAAAAUAUCUAAAGCGGAUGCUAUAGCACGACAAUCAGGCGAUCGGGCUGCCUGCUAUCACUUAGCCCGUCAUUAUGAGAAUGUUGGAAAAUUUCAAGAAGCCAUCAUGUUUUACACACGUGCUCAAACAUUUAGCAACGCUAUUCGUAUAUGCAAGGAAAACGACUUCCAAGACGAGCUUUGGACUGUUGCUAGUUCCUCACGUAGUCGCGAUAAGGCUAUUGCUGCGGCUUACUUCGAGGAAUGUGGAUCUUUCAAGCGUGCAGUAGAGCUAUAUCAUCGCGCUGGCAUGCUCCAUAAGGCAUUAGAAAUGGCAUUUGAAUCAGAACAGCCGGAGGUGCUAGAAAUAAUCGCAUCAGAGUUAACUGUUGACUCAGAUUCCGAGUUGGUAAACCGUUGUGCAGACUUUUUUACGAGCAUCGAACAACAUCAAAAAGCUGUAUAUCUGUUGGCAAAGACGAAAUAUCUGAAACGAUCGUUGCAAAUCUGCAUGGAAAAAGGCAUUCCAAUAACCGAAGAACUUGCGCAAAUGCUCACCCCAAAUAAAAAUGAGCUAGAUGAGCAAACGCGAAUUGAAAUUCUGACACAGCUGGGAGAUUUACUUCAACAACAAGGCGACUAUCACACGGCGACCAAGAAAUUUACACAGGCUGGCGAUAAAGUGCGCGCAAUGAAAAGUUUACUUAAGUCGGGCAGCACCGAAAAGAUAAUAUUUUUUGCGAAUAUGUCCCGACAGCGUGAGGUAUAUAUAAUGGCAGCUAACUACUUGCAGGCGUUAAAUUGGCAAGAGGAUCAGCUUAUACAUAAGCAUAUUGUAACAUUCUACUCGAAGGGUCAGGCAUAUGAUUCUUUAGCAAACUUUUAUGCAAUUUGCGCACAGAUUGAAAUUGAAGAAUAUCACGACUAUGAGAAGGCUUUAAAAGCAAUGCAUAAUGCGGCCAAUUGCUUACGAAAACUUGGCCAUUCCCAACAUGCUCUGAAUAAUUUGGAAAAGACCAUAGCGGACGUAAAAAAGAUCUUAGAUAUACAAAAUGCAUUGAAGAAUGGCGAUCAUCCAGCCGUUAUCUCAGGCUGUAGAAAUAUGUUAAUCAAACCGGAAACACCGCCAAUACGUCAAGCGGACAUUCUUGCUAUGCUGGUUCGUGCCUUGGCUUAUUCUAAACAGUGGACCGAAGCUGGGCGCGCUUUGAAAGAAUUGGCAGUAAAAGAUAAUGCCUGGAGUACAAUUGGCUUGGUCGACAAAGCUUUGGUGCAAAAGAUAGCAAAGGAAUGUAAUUUGGAUUUUGAUAUUAUUUGGAAUUCGGGACGAAAGCGAGUAAACGAUAAAGAUGAUGAAACCGAUCAGGGCAGAGAAGAAGAGAUAGAAGAAGAAUUACGCUGAAAAUAAUCUUCUAUUAUUUGUUUAAGUAAUAAGAGGCUUCAUAAUAUGAAUAAGCGUUCUUUUUUUUCAUAAAAGUAAUCAAAUUUCUGAAGAAUUUUAAGAUUUGAUAUACAAUAAUUUCAGCUGUGUAAUAUACAAAAACAUAUAUCAUUCGAAAGGCAUAUAGGAUUUAGAUUAAGAUUGACACAGGGAUGAAGGUUAAGGUGAAUAUGUAGAGGAAGAAAAGUAUAAAAGCAAAGAUUAAAAUAUGUAAAGAUAAAUAUGAAGAUAAGUUCAAAUAGUUACAGUCUGAGUCAGAAGAAAA